AUGGCCAACGCCAACCAGCGUCACAGCCAGGUGUCAACGGGCAUCCAGGGGCUGGAGAGCAUGGGCUCCAACAAUCUUGAACGGGCAUUCUCCCGAUUCCGAAUACUUUUGCAGCGAGACCUGCGGGGCAUCAGAGGGUUGGUUCAUCCCACUGCCACGCGCUUUGUGCAUUUUGACCGCAGGGCCGAGCGGAGUUUUGAUAUCUGGAUGAACUGGAUUUUUGACCACUUGGGCCUGGAGCCCAGUCAGAUAAGGAUGGAUGUCAACUCUGGCCAUCUCAUCGUCAACAACAGAGUGGUCGCCCCUCCUCCUAUUAGACUGACAAGUGCAGAAAUCGACCGUCUCGAGCACGAGGUGGAGGGCCGCAUCGGAGGCGCUCGUCAUGAGGAAUGCCGCGAGCAGCGGGACCGCCGUCGCCCGGUUGCAGAGAGCUUCCCGUCACUAGAGAGGGCGGUCAAUGAUCCUCCUCCAGCUACGCGUAACUUACCCAAUCCGUACUCAACCCGUCAAGCGCCUGUCCAUAUUCGCCACGAGUCAAGCAUGACGUCUUUCCAUCGAAGACCCAGGGGUAGGUAUGAGUUUGAAGACGACACUGCCGAAUGCCCUCCUCUACGGGGAAGCAUUGGGACGGCGGUGGAUGCUCGUCCGCCACCGAGACCGCAAGUGUCCCGCCGGUUGAAUCAGGUUGAGCGUCAGGGGGUUCAGCUUGGUAGCUCCCUCAAUAGGUCCGAGGGUCAUCCGGCGCCAGUUAACCCAUCACGCCUUCGGUCUGCAGUUCGAAACGGGCCCCAGGCGUCGACUCGGGGGGGCUUCAGUCCCUAUCGACCGGAAAACCGUAGUGCUACUCCUGAGCCUGUGCCUGGCAAUGGCACCGGCACGACAUAUGCUCAUGAACACGGUGAGUCCGUCUCGGCUCGACCCCAGUCGCGCUUUCUCUCUGCAGAACGACACCAGCCAACAGCCGCACCGGGAUUUCUACCAUAUCGUCCCGAGUACCGCGUUGUGACUCCUGAGCCCAGGGCGAGCCAUCCUGCGGGUACUACUUAUCGCCUAGAGCAGGAGGAGUCACUUGAUCCCCGGCCCAUGUCGCGGUUUGGAGUGGUGUCGGGGCCUAACUCGAGGCCGGAGGCUUCGCACCGUGUUCGUGGAAGCGGCCGCGGCGAGAGAGAGGCUGGUUCUCUCCGUCAUUCCCGCAACGAAGCAAGUGCUCGAUCGCGGGACUGA